UCUGUCUCCUUUAACCCUCCCAGCUCCCGUCUUCCCUCUCCUGCUUUGGUCACUUCCUCUCCUCAGCCCUGAUCCUGUGGUGUGUGAUCGCUCCAUGGAAAGUUUGUUCUGACCCCAAGUGGGCUGGGCUCGCGCCCCCUGACAAGGCAGGUUAAAGUUUUCUCUUCUUUUUAUUCUUUUGGCCACUGGUUUCUCUCCUUCGAUGUUCCUGCAGCCUUCUCGUGUAUUUUACCUUCAUCUUCAGGAGUUUUACCGCUAAACCGUCCAGCUAAACUGCCCAGAGAGCGAUGACGUCAUCAUCUGACUGCAGUCCAGAACCUCCUAAGAGAAAGUGAAACUGAGAAACUCUGGACGUUCACAUCGAAUAACGGCCUCCUCCUUCACAGUAAGGGCUGAUCUGAACUGCUGGGUAUUCAGAAACACGGACAGUUCUGACUCUCAGAGAAAAAGACAGGGAGAAAUAAAGGUGUUAAAGGACGAGGAAGAAAAUGGCUGAAUCUUCACCACAACAACCAAGAGAAGAUGAAAGUGGCAGCACCGAGGAAUCAGUUCACUUUGCUCCUGACUCCAGUGGUCUCCUUUCUGAAGAUCAGUUCCUGUGUUCUGUUUGUCAAAAUGUCUUCACUGCUCCAGGCUCUGUUCCAUGUGGACCCAUGAAAUGUAUUAGUACAUGCUGGGGUGACAGUGAGCAGUGUCACUGUCCAUUCUGUAAAGAGAAAUUCAACAAGAGACCAGAACUCGAGGUCAAUACAGCAUUCAGAGAAGUUGUAGAUCUCUUCAAGAAGGAAGGUGGUCUGAAUAAACCUGAGGUUCUUUGUGAUGCCUGCAUUGGAGUGAAGCAGAAAGCUCUGAAAUCCUGUCUGGAUUGUCGUCUCACUCUUUGUAAAUCUCAUUUAGAGUCUCAUAAUAAUAUGCCCAAAAUUAAGGAACACAAGCUAAUAAGCCCAUCAAAGAACCUGGAGGACUACAUAUGCCAGAAGCACAGGAGACCCCUGGAGCUGUUUUGUAGAGAUGACCAGAUGUCUGCGUGUAUGGUCUGCACUUUGACUGACCACAAGAAGCACAAGACUGUUCCUGUAGAGGAGGGGAUUGGAGAAAUGAAGUCACAGCUGGAGAAGACACAGUCAGAGGUGCAGCACAUGAUCAAAGACAGACUGAAGAAGAUCAAAGACAUCAAACACUCAGUAGAGCUCAGAAAAGUAUCCACACCAAGUAGAUCCAAGAAGGAGAUAUUCAGACAGUGUAAGAAAAACAUGGAGAACGAGCUUGCAGACAGUAUUGAAGUCCUCACUGCUCUGAUCCGUUCCGUUGAGAGAAGCCAGGCUGAGCUGCUUGACAUGAUGGAGGAGAAUCAGAAAGCAGCAGAGAGCCAGGCUGAAGACCUCAUUAAAGACCUGGAGCAGGAAAUCACUGAGCUAAAGAGGAGAGACUCUGAGCUGGAGCAGCUCUUCCACACUGAGGACCACCUACACCUCCUACAGAUUUACCCAUCACUGUGCAGACCUCCACACACCAAGAACUGGACUGACAUCAGUAUUGACCCUAUUAUUGAUCUGAGUGUAGACAUUCUGUGGAAUGUUGUGUCUCAACUUCAGAAGAGUCUGAAUGAGAUGGUCACAGAGUCAGAACAGAGGAUGAUUCAACAGUAUGCAGUGGAUGUGACUCUGGAUGCUGAUACAGCUCAUCCCAAACUCAUCCUGUCUGAUGAUGGAAAACAAGUGAGAAAUGGAGACACAGAACAAAAGCUUCCUGACAAUCCAAAGAGAUUUAAUAGAUCUCUUUGUGCUCUGGGAAAGGAGGGAUUCUCCUCAGGGAGAUUUUACUAUGAGGUGCAGGUCAGUGGGAAGACUGAGUGGGAUUUAGGAGUGGCCAGGGAGUCCAUUAACAGGAAGCAUAAAAAGGUUAUACUGACCCCACAGAAUGGAUUCUGGGCUAUGAAGCUGAGGAAUGGGAAUGAGUAUAAGGCUUGUGUUGAUGCCCUAGUUCCCCUCUUUGUGAGAGAGAAGCUCCAGAAGGUGGGAGUGUUCGUGAAUUAUGAAGAGGGUCUCGUCUCCUUUUAUGAUGCGGAGUCCAGAUCUCGUAUCUUCUCUUUCACUGGUCAGACUUUCACUGAGAAACUCUAUCCUUACUUCAGCCCCCGUAAAAAUGAUAGAGGAAAAAACUCAGCUCCACUGAUCAUCUCUCCCGUAUCAAAGACUGAAUAAACUUUCAGUCAUAACUACAAUAGGAACACUACAACAAAACAGAUUUGUUUUCUGAUGCAUUAUGGGAGAAAUGUGUAUAAUUAGUUAUACUAUUUACUUACAGCUCUCAAACUGUAUUAUAAAAUUAUAUUUUUUACAGUUACUGUAUUACUGAAUAUAGUUCAUUACUCUAUUUCUAUCUAUUUCUACAUUUUUUCUGCACCCCUGUGUUACUAAUUUACUAUCUGAGAACCCACAAUUGUUCUACAUUGUCUAGUACAAUAUGUAAUGAUAUAUACAAACAAUUUCAGAUAGCAGAUGCUUAGUCAGUCAUUCAUACUGUUACUUAUACUGUUACUGUGAACAGCUAGGACCAGGAUUAAAGGUCAGCAUAUACACUUUA